AUGACAGGAAGCAACGGACCAAAAGAUGAUUUGAGUUCAGGGGAGAAUUCAGGAACGGGAAUCGAUCAUAGUUCCCCAUUCUAUAUUCACCCUUCUGAUUUCCCUAAGCAACUCCAUGUGAAUGAGGUGCUCACAGAUAACAAUUAUGUCGAUUGGUCACAAGAGAUGGAGAAAUUUCUCUUUCCCAAGAACAAAUUUGAGUUUAUUGAUGGGACGAUCAAGAAACCUGAAAAGGGAUCUGCAGACUACAUGCCCUGGAUGCGCUGUGAUGCAAUGCUGAAGGGAUGGCUCACUACAGCCAUGGAGAAGAACAUACACAACAGCAUAAAAUAUGUGAGUACUGCGUCCGAGAUGUGGUCAGAUUUACGUGAAAGAUUCGGAAAAGAAAGCUCACCUAGGGCAUACGAACUGAAGUAG